AUGCGGCUCCCGCGACGGUACAGAAGUAAGAAGCAAGGGUGCUGGUCCUGCGGUCAAGUCGGACAUCACUCGUCCGCAUGUCCAAAUCCUCCCCUCAAGAACAAGUCUAAGGCAAAAGCCAACGCAGUUGAAGCUCGAGCGGGCGCUACGUCGGUGGCUUAUCUUGGCAAUGGCGGGCCGAGCGAUGACGAGGACGAAGAGGACGACUUUGACCCGGAAAUCGAUGUUGUCUGGGGAUGA